AUGCCGAUAGCCAAUAUCACCCGAAUCUUGCGGCGCGUCCUCCCCACCCAUGCCAAAAUCGCAGACGAUGCCAAGGAAGCUAUCCAGGAAUGCGUCUCCGAGUUCAUCAGCUUUAUCACCGCCGAGGCAAACCGACGGUGCCGCCGUGACUACAGGAGAACAGUCACACCGGAGGACGUGCUGGCAGCAAUGGCCUCUCUAGGUUUCGGCGACUAUUUGGAGUCGCUCACAGUUUUCCUCAACAACCACCGCACGCAACAGGACCCCGAGCGUGGCUCUAGGAAUCAAAUAUCGCAGUCUGUUAGGCGAGACGGCGGCAUCGAAGUUGGCUUCCUUCACCACCACCAGCCGCAAGGUGCUCCCAUGGUGCGGCCGCCGCCACCACCACCACUGGCGGCAUCAACAAUGGGGUAUUAUGUCCCCUUACCCCCACCUGUUGCUGCUACGAUGGAAGACGAGGAAGAAUUUGGUGGGCUGCCGAAGGCAACAAAUGAAUUUAGUGGUGGAGAAGAGUUUGACCCGUUUCAGUAG